AUGAAUCCCCUCCACUGGUCCCUCACCACCCUCCUCGCCCUCGCAACCCUCACAACCACCUCCCCGACCCCCCUCCGUCCCCGAGAAGAACUCACCACAACCGACGACCUCAACACCAUCGACUCCAACACCCUCGCCCUCACCGACGCCAUCAACGCCUACACCGGCGGUCUCACCGAAGCCCUCCCAAUCCAAUCCGCCUCAGACACUCUCACAACAACUCUCCAAUCCGCCUCCACGGGGCCCGGAACGUUUGCAGACGACGCCGAAGCUCAAGCAGCCGUUAAAUUUGCUACGGAGGUUUUGGCGCCUCAUGUGGAAGCUUGUGCAACGGCUUUGGUGGGGAAAAAAGAUGCAUUCGAUGCUGCGGGUGCUUCGGUGCUCGUGAAGCAGGAUUUGCAGACUAUUUCGGAUUUGGCUAUGCAGUUGGGUCAGAUGUUGUUGGAUAAGAAUCCGGCUUAUAAGGAUAAUGGGGGCCAGGAUGCUGUGGAUCGGAUUAAUAAGGCGCUGGGAGAUGCUUUGACGGCUUUUUCGUAG